AGCCGAGCCGUCCUCCACUCCUCCCUCGUCUCGCGCUCGCCUCGUCCGGCGCCGGACGGACCAAGUAAACAACGAUCCCCGCGCCGCCCCCAACCCAACCGGGUCAAACACACGCCACGCGACUCAAACCAAAACGUAGCAGGCGGCAUCAACCCAUCGAUUGCGCUAAGUCAAUCCUACCUCGCCUCGCCUUCGUCGCGUUCCAUUUCGCCGCAGCGAUGGCUCCUGCGUCUCCUCUACCCCUCAUCCUCGUCGUCGCCGUCGUCCUACUCGCCGGCGCCCUCUUCUGCGCGCCCGCCGCGGCGCAGGGGCAGAACAUCCAGACGCGGUUCCCUUCCACCCGCACGCCGGCCUUCGCCACGCCGCCGCCGGUCACGUCGCCGUCUCCGCCCCCCGGCACGCCUCCGCCCUCCCCGUCGUCGUCGUCCGGGAAGCGGAGUAACAUCGCCGUGGCCGUGGUGAGCACAGCGCUGAGCAGCUUCGCGGUGUCGGGGCUCGCGUUCUUCCUCUUCCUCCGGCUUGGCAAGAAGAAGGAGCUCACCGAAGCGGACGGGAACGGGCAUUAUGGUGGAGCGCAUGGUGGCGCUUAUAUCGGGAAGCGGCCGGAAAGGGAGCCGAAGCGGCCGCCGCGGGGCAAAAACAUGGUGGACGAGAACGGCCUCGACGCGAUUUACUGGCGGGAGUUCGAGAAGGAGGGCGACAACGGCAGGGGGAGGAAGCCCACAGGGAGCUGGCGUCCGCCACAGCCGCCACCGCCCCGGCAGUACCGCGCGGAGGGGAGGCAGGAUUUCCAGGAGUCGGCUCCGCCCCCGCCGCGCCGGCAGCACCGCGGAGAGAGGAGACAGGAGGUCGACGAGUCGGCGCCGUCCCCAGCGCGGUCCAGGAAGAACAAGAUAGAUCAGGAGCCGCUCAUACCAAGGGGCUCCCUCGACUCCGCGUCGAUUGAGUUUGACGACUCGCUGCACGCGCCCAGCGCCGGCUCCAGCUCGUCCUUCUCUGUGGCCGCCGCCGAGGCGUACGCCCGGCCACCGUCGCCGGCGAUCGCCGCUGUCAGCUCGGUGCCCCGCCCGUCUCCGCCACCAGCCCCUGCUGCCCGACCAACCGCAUCGCCAUCGCUGCCGUCGCCGCCAGGAAAGGCAAGCCCACCGCCUCCGCAAUCUGUCGCCGCCGUGUCAUCCGCGCCGCCGCCACCACCACAGCCCAAACCAGCAGCCGCGGCACCACCCCCGCCGCCACCGCCCAAAGGCCCACCUCCGCCACCACCACCAAAAGGCCCGUCCCCGCCGCCGCCGCCACCUCCAGGAGGCAAGAAAGGGGGGCCGCCUCCACCACCGCCCAAGGGAGGUGCGUUCGCGUCAUCAUCAAGGCCGCCGGCGGCGCCGGGCUUGCCGACGGGUUCCGCGGAGCAGCAGGCGAAGCUGAAGCCGCUGCAUUGGGACAAGGUCAAUGUGGCGGCCACCGAUCACUCCAUGGUGUGGGACAAGAUCACCACCGGCUCAUUCAAUUUGGAUGAAGGCAUCAUCGAGGCCCUGUUUGGCACUGCAGCAGCAAACCGUAAGACGAAACCUGCAGACUCCAAGGAUCCCUCUGGCAGCAGCUCUUCAGGCCUCGGGCGCUCAAAUUCACCGGAUCAAAUAUUCUUACUUGAGCCACGCAAGUCACACAACAUUUCCAUCAUCCUCCGGUCCCUCACCGUGGGGCGGGAGGAAAUCAUUGAUGCCCUCCGAGAUGGCCACACCGAGCUCAGCACGGAGGUUCUUGAGAAGUUGUCUCGCCUCAACAUCUCCAAGGAUGAGGAGAACACACUUCUGAAGUUCUCUGGGAACCCUGACAGACUUGCUCCAGCGGAGUCCUUCCUGCUCCGGCUCCUCCUUGAUGUGCCCAGCCCGUUCGCACGUGUCAAUGCUCUGCUUUUCAAGGCAAACUAUGCUGCUGAGGUUGCUCAGCUCAAGCAGUCACUUCAGACUCUGGAAAUGGCGAGUCAGGAGCUGAGGACAAAGGGGCUGUUCUUCAAACUACUCGAGGCGGUGCUCAAGGCAGGGAACCGGAUGAAUGCUGGGACAGCACGGGGCAACGCACAAGCCUUUAACCUUACUGCACUCCGGAAGCUUUCUGACGUGAAGAGCACCGAUGGGAGCACCACAUUGCUCCACUUUGUCAUCGAGGAGGUUGUGCGUGCAGAGGGGAAGCGUCUUGCCAUCAACCGCAACUACAGUAUUCGACGCUCUGGCAGCCUCACCAAGAGCACCGAUGGUGGCAACCCAGCAGCAGGAUCCACAAGUCAGGGUCCAUCACGGGAGGAGAGGCAGAAUGAAUACCUGAACCUCGGGCUGCCAAUUGUUGGAGGUCUGAGCACUGAGUUUGCCAAUGUGAAGAAGGCAGCACUUGUGGACUAUGACACUGUUGUCAAUGAGUGUGCAAUUCUGGGGAACCGGCUGGCAGGUACCAAGAAUCUCUUGGAGACCUACGGGGAUGAUGGAUUCGCAAGAGGGUUGCGAGGAUUUGUGAAGGCUGCAGAACAAGAACUGAAGGAACUAAGAGGAGACCAGGAGAAAGUGCUUGAACUGGUGCAGCGUACAACGGAGUACUACCAUGCAGGUGCCACCAAGGACAAGAAUGCACAUCCCCUCCAGCUGUUCAUCAUAGUUAGGGACUUCCUGGGGAUGGUUGAUCAGGCAUGUGUAGACAUCAAGAGGAAACUGCAGCAGCAAAAGAAGGCACCACCGCCGUCACCGUCACAACCGGCGGCCCCAGCAGCCACAGCCAAGGGGGCAGCUGAUGAUACACCAGCACCGGCUCAGAAACCACCGGUAGAGGCAGAUAGCAAAAGGAAGAGGGUCAUGCCAAGAUUCCCUAACUUGCCAGCGCACUUUAUGAAGGACAAUGCAGACUCUGAUUCAAGUAGUGAUGAGGAUUAGAAUGAAUGGAAACGUGUAAAUGAUUGUUUGCAUUGGUUAUUCUUUUUGGAGGUAUAGGUUAGAAGCAGACUGUACAUAAUGCAUUAUUUGCGUUGGUUAUCUUCUCCAUUUCUUCAUAUAAGUAUAAGAACUGUGGAUAGAUCUCUGUCUAGAAAUUUGUACAAAAUUUGAUACAAAGAUAACAAGAAUCGCUUGGAAAAUGAUAUCUCGGUUAAUUGA